CCGAAUUUUCUUUCAUUUAGGUGAUCUAUAUAUAUCUAUAUCGUAUAGCUUAUAGCUUAUAUCUAUUUUAAAUAACUUAAAGCCGCUAAAAUUUGGGGGGGAACAGCUUUCACCCUGGAGCGGUGCGCGAUGCUGUCUCACGCCGACCUCCUGGACGCCAGGCUAGGAUAUGCUCUCGGGUUGCUGGGGCACCAGGGGUACGGUUCAUGAAAGGGACUCCGAGACAUGUUUCAUUGCCGGGACUGGGAGUGUUUCAUUGUGGGAGAGAAGAAAGCAUGUGCUGUUUACUACAGGACCCCGCGGCGGAGAGAGGGGAAAGGGCCGGGAGACGGUAUUACAGCCUGGCUGUCCAAAUCCUGGGGAACCCAGCUGAGCAUCUCGGGAGAUUGCUCCGUAGGGCGACCGCGGGCUCAGAGGGAGCCGAGGAUGGGGCUGAAAAAGGACCGCGCGGGGAGAACAGCCCCUCCUGGCAUGGCCAGGACAGUAGUGACCACCAUCCCCUUGCCUCCUCAGGUAUGAAAGAUGCCGCCGAGCUUCUGGGCCACCGGGAGGCGGUGAAGUGUAGGCUGGGCGUGGGGGGCUCCGACCCCGGGGGCCAUCCGGGGGACCUAGCGCCCAACUCCGACCCAGUCGAGGGAGCCACUCUGCUGCCCGGGGAGGACAUCACCACAGUGGGCUCUACGCCGGCCUCUCUGGCGGUGAGCUCAAAGGACCCGGACAAGCAGCCGGGGCCCCAAGGUGGCCCGAACCCCAGCCAAGCAGGUCAGCAGCAGGGCCAACAGAAGCAGAAGCGCCACCGGACGCGCUUCACCCCGGCGCAGCUCAACGAGUUGGAGAGGAGCUUCGCCAAGACUCACUACCCCGACAUCUUCAUGCGCGAGGAGCUGGCGCUGCGUAUCGGGCUGACGGAGUCCCGAGUGCAGGGGUCCUGGGCUGCGCUUCCUCUACCUAUGGUUUCCUGGGUCAAGUUAGCUCCUCUGCCCGCAAACUGGCCCCAUCGAUGGACAGACAGUGCCCCCAUCUCCUUCCAGUAUAGCCACAUCCCCGCAGAAACUCCUCAAAAGCGAAGCCGGCGUCGUUCAAUUGCUAGGUCUCUUCCUUCCUCCUGAGAAGGGAACCUCCGGGUCUCCCACCUUCUGUGUCUCCCAGGCGGCUAAGUCCAGCACGCGAUUACACUCCAGCUCUCGUAAUUGACAAGCAUUUCAUUAUCCCCUAAUGAGUUUGUGUUAAGAGUCUGGAUAAAUGGGAGAAUGCAACAAUUAUACAGAAAACAUGAAAAGGGAGAAAACAAGGCGAAAUGGGCACAUUUCAAAAAAGAUCUACACCUGGGUUUUACGGUGUAGCUUUAUUCUCCUGCUUAUCACACUCCUGCUGCUCUCAGGCAAAACACCUCUAGCUGUGAUGUUUACAAAGGCUUUGAACUUGGAGGCCUACCAAUGCGCUGGGAGAGGCUGGAGCGAUCCCCCACAGACUAUGAGUCCUGGUUUUCCCUAAGGUAACUUGGGGAGUGGGGAGGAAAGAGGGCUUUCUUGUAGAUCUCCGAUUUGAAGAAAGGACAUUUGGGGCAGGAAAGAUUGACCGGCAAUAGACAAAAUCAUUACUGACCCCUUGUUCUCAUCCAACCCCCCUCCAAGUUGUAAAUUACAUGUGACUUAGAA